AUGGGUUCGAAGACAAGUAUCAUCACGAACGAACAACUGUCCGAGUACGCCGAAUUAACGUACCUCAGUAAAUCGGAAAUCAUUUUCAUCCUGCAGAAGUUUCUGCUACUCGAUGGUGGGCGUCAGUUUUCGCUUACUAAACGUUUUCCCGAACAGGAUGUGGUUAAUUUGUUUCCACAGUUAAAGCACAAUCCAUUCCGCGACCGUUUGCUGCACGUGUUUUCAUCCGAAAAUGAUGAUCGUUUUUCCUUCGAGGAUCUGUUGGAUUUGUUUAGCGUGCUUUCGGAGAAGUGUCCUCUCGCGGUGAAGGCUACUUGGGCUUUUCAGAUUUACGAUUUUGAUAAUGAUAACCUCAUAACAAAGGAGGACAUCCUGGAGCUUUGCGAUCGGAUUACGAAGCACGAUCGUUUGCAUCAGGAAGAAAAGAAUAGCAUUGCUGAACUGCUGCUCGAGGAGAUCGAUCUGCAAAACAAUGGCAACAUCGGGGAGUUUGAAUUUGUUCACGCCAUGAGCAAGAUGCCCGAAUUCCGACAGACCUUCUCGUGUCGCGUGUGA